AUGAGUUCGUCUAUUUUAUUACCGACUUUAUCAAACAACUACAAUAGAAUUGAUAUACAUUUAAAAUCAAUACAAGAUUUAGAAAAAUUAACUGAAUUAAAUACAAAAGCAUUACAACAACAAGAAGCUUUAAAACAACAACAACAACAAGAUAAUUUUGAAAUUCAAACAAUGAUUAUAAAUGGUAAAAAAUGGAAAUUUGAUAAAUCAGUUAAUAAAUAUGUUGAAUUUAAAACAUCAAAUUUUGAUAUGAUUAAAAUUGAAUAUAAUGAAUGUAUGAGAAAUUUAAUGACUCAAAUAAAUUAUAAAUUAAAUAUAAAAUUAAAUAAAGAAGUUGGUAUAAAUAGAUUAAAAAUUUUAAGACAUUCAUAUUUUGAAUCAAUUGAAAAAAUUAAUGACAUGGUAAUAUUAUCAAUUGAAAAAAAUGGUUUUAAAUAUACAAAUUCAAUUGAAAAAACUUCAAAACAAAAUAUUGAAUUUUUAAAUGUAAACCCUUUUAAUGAAGAUCAAAUAAAUGAAAAAUUACAUAAUUUUGGAAAAUUAAAUAUUAGAACCAUAUUAAAAUCUUCAAAAUUUUGGAAUAAUUGUUAUCAAGAUUUAAAAUUUGAAAGUAUGUCAAUUGGUGGAUCAUUUUAUGAUAUUUUUCCAACAAUAAAUAAAUUAAUUGAUUUUUUUCAAGAUUUUAUAAAUUUUUUUUUAAUUAGUAUUAAUAAUUUAAAACCAAAUAUUGGAAAUGUCAAAAGUUUUGGUGGUAAUGGUAAUACUGAUGAAGAAAAAUCCAAAAAUGAAAAUGAAUAUAAUAGAUUAAAAAAAUUUAAUUUUUUAUUUUUCACUGAUUCAGAUUAUGAUAUUUUAAAUAAAUUAAAAAUUCAUUUUAAUCAAUUAUUUUUUGAUCAAUCUCAAAUUAAUGGUAAUGAUUCAAAUCCUUUUCAAAUUUAUAAUUUUAAUUUUGUUUUAAAUAAAUUAAUUGAUGUUAUUAUUUCAAAUUUAAAAACUUUUAAAUUACCUCAUGAAAUUGAAGUUGUUUGGAAAGAAUUUUUUGAAUAUAGUUUUAACACUUUAUUAAAUGACCAAGAAGUAAUAAAACCAAGUUUACAACAACAAAAACAAAAUAAACAAAAUAAACAAUCAUUAGCUGGAUCUAAUACUUCUGUUUUACAACAACCAACACCACCAUCACAACCAUCUUCACUUUUUAAAACUUCAACUAAUUCAACCUCAUCAUCUUCAUCAACUUAUAAUAAUUUCACAAUUCCAACAACUCCUUCAUCAAUGUCACCAUCAUAUAAACCGAAACAAAAUUUUAUUCCAUCAACUCCACCAUCACCAAUGAGAUCACCAAGUAAUUCCAGUGUUAUUGCUCCACCUAAUGGUAGAAAUCAUCUGAUAAAUUCAAUAAAUUCAGAUAAAACUACAUAUUCAAAAAGAAAUGGAUCAAUUUUUACAAAUGAAUCAUUUAAUUCUUCAAAUUUAAAUUCAAAUUCUUUAACAUAUUCUCCAACUUCAAUUACAACAAAUUCAACUUCAACAACAAAUUCAAAUAAUGAUUUAAAUUCAAAUAAUUUAACAAAUAAUAUAAUUAAUGAUUAUGUUGGUGAUUCAAGUUUUGAAGAUUCAAAUGAUUUAUCAACUUUAUCUACUAGUUCUAAUUCUAAAAAGAAAAAAAUUAAUUUUUUUAAAAGGUUUGGUAAAUCUAAAAAUUGA